UGCGAAGGGCAGUUCUGCCAAGGGCCAACCAAAGAUGGGUAAAGCGGCCAGGAGAGACAGCUCUUCAAAGGAGAACCAGAUCUCCACACAGAGAAUAGAAGAUCCCCAGAAUUCCUCCACAAAAAGAUCCAAAAGUAUGCUGAAAAGUGCCUCAGUUGCCACAGAAUUCCUCAGGGUGGUAUUUCCACAGUGGAGGAAAACCAUGAAGGAAGAUGAAGUAAUCUUCAAGGAAUAUGUUGAGAGCACAAAGCAAUUCCACUUUGGACCUCUGCUGUGUGGGAAAUCAAGAGAGUGGUACAAGGCCCAGAACUGUCCCAGCAACUCGGAGAAUCUAACCAUCCUCAACAACUCCCCCGUGGACGUGGAGGUUCAGUUCUCCUUUGAGAAUGCUGGGGAAGCAGAGACCUUCCUUCUGGACCCUCCCAGCAUGAUCCUGAAACCAAAGGAGAAGCAGGAGCUGACCAUUUGGGCAUACCCCACUUCCCCUGGCUUCCUGGAAGACAAACUCAUCUGCAGCAUUGGGAAGAACCCGGACCCAGUGGUCUUCAGCCUCUGCUGCCAUGGGGUGGACAUGAAGCUGGAGGUCAGCCCCCUGGAGCUGUCUUUUGACAAACUGCUUUUGUACAGGACUGCCAGCAGGACCUUGGUCCUGAAAAACAACACCCUGCUGCCCAUGGCCUGGCAGCUCCGUGGGCUGGUUGACCUCAUUGAAGACUUCUCCUUGUCACAAGAUAGUGGCAUCAUUGAUCCCCACACAGAGUUUGAAGUGACACUGCAUUUCCAGGCCAGGCAGACUGGCAGCAUUGAGAAGACCCUCCGACUAGAGGUUUCAGACACAGAAAACAUCCUGGGGGUUGUUCAGGCUGAAAACAUCAAAAUCUCUGCAGAGGUCUAUGAUGUUUCUCUGAGCAUCGACAUGCCUGAAGCUGUCAGAGGAAAUCACAUCGAGUUUGGGCACUGUCCUGUUGGGGAGCCCUGCUGGAGGGCCCUGACCAUCACCAGCCAUGCACAGACAAAGGUCAUGCGCUUUGAGUGGGAGGCAGAUGCCCCAAUCCAGUUCUCCCCCAAGGUGGGACACCUCCAUCCUGGCUGGGCCAAGGACAUCACAGUGACUUUGAGAUCAGAUGUCCCAGCCACCUUCAGAAGGCACCUUGUGAAAUGUAAGGUGACCACAAUCAACUUUGAGCUGCCACAAAGGAAGGUUCAGGACUGGGAUGACCAAAUGACCAUCGCCAUGUGGAAGAAUACCACCAGGAAAGACCCGGUGACCAGGUGGCCUAAAAUAGAGAGGGUGGUCAAGGCAGUCCCAGAACCAGCUCACACUGUGGUGGAGGAGAGCAGCCAGGAGGUUGAGGUGUACAUCAGUGCUGUGGUUGCCUACGCCCAGUUCCAACUGAGCACCGACAGGGUUCAGUUCAAGGAUACCUUCCCCUUCCAGAGAAGGACAGCCACUUUCAUGAUGCACAACACAGGGGAAGUAGCCCUGAAAUACUCCUGGGAGAAAGUUGAAGAGAGUGAACCGGUGAAGAAGCCAUUCUCAACCACUCUGAUGCGUCGGUUUCUCUCCUACAAUACCGCGAAGAAUCACAAAAAGCUGCUGCGUCUUUUCUGGUGGGAGCAGGAGGACCAUCCUGCUGAGAGGCCUCCUAAAGUGCGGCGGCCUGCCAAGCAGCAGCAGGAUUCUGAGAAGCAGCAGCAGCAAGAUUCCAAGCAGCAGGAGGAGCAGGUUUCCGAGCAGAAGCAGGAGCAGUCUGAGCAGCAGGACCACUCCAAGAAGCUGCGCUGCUCGAAACAAAAAAACCUCUCUCCGAGGCGUGUCAUCUCCUCCCUGGAAGUCUUCCCAGAUGUUAUCCACGACCUGUUCUCCAUCAACCCCUACCGUGGCACCAUUGCUCCUGGCCAGAAGCAGACCUUUCACCUGCAGUUCUCCCCAAAGCACACUGGGAAGUUUAAGGCCACCCUGCUGUGCAGGAUUCCUAACCUGGAGCCAGCUCAGAAGAUGGGGCAGGUGAUUGUGGAAGGCAGAGUCCAGGAGUGGAAGAAUCUUGGUGAACCAUUAGAGUAGAGGGAGAAAGGCCAGGGACCCAAGAAAGAGGUCCUCUGGAGAUCACCACCUGAGGGACAGAAUUUGUGAGAGCUGGAGCAUCCGGCAGGAGCCGGCGACAUCGUGCCUUCUGCUGCUGAUGGUCUCCCACCCUUCACAAGAGACCUCCCAAGCUCUAGCUUACCUUUUAGUUAGCUAAGUUAAUUAACUGUUUGUUAGAUUGAUAAGUAGUUGAUAACUGUCAAUUUAUUGUUAAUAAACAGUUGUUAAUAAAUUGUAAUUGUCAGCUUAUCUUGCUUUGAAAGACAGGUGUCUGUGA